AUGCCCACCGUUCACCUACUGGACUAUGUUGCCGGCAACGUCCGAAGCCUGGUCAACGCAAUUGAGAAGCUGGGAUACGACGUAGACUGGAUCAAGUCUCCUGAAGAUGUUCCCCGGGCCGAAAAACUCAUCCUCCCCGGCGUCGGCCACUUUGGCCACUGCAUGUCGCAGCUUUCGCAAGCCGGCUUCCUCCCCGCAAUAAAGAAUCACAUCAACUCUGGCAAGCCGUUCAUGGGCAUCUGCGUCGGCCUGCAGGCGCUGUUCGAGGGAUCGGACGAGGAUCCGGCGGUCCCCGGUAUGGGGCUGAUCAAGUCGUCGCUCGGCCGCUUCAACUCGUCAGACAAGUCGGUGCCGCACAUCGGCUGGAACAGCGCCGAUACGGGUGGCAAGGAGGUGUACGACCUCGGGCCGGACUCCAAGUACUACUACGUGCACACGUACCGCGACGCCUACAAGCCGGGGGAGCUCGAGGCGCAGGGCUGGACGGUGGCGACGGGCACGUACGGUGACGAGACGUUCGUCGGGGCCGUGGCCAAGGGGAACGUGUACGCCACGCAGUUCCACCCGGAGAAGUCUGGCGUCGCCGGGCUGCGCACCAUCCGCUCGUUCCUCACCGGCGAAGGUGCCGCCAAGCUAGCGCCCGCCUCCGCGGCCGGGGCCGCGGCCUCGACGGCCGAGUUCAGGGACGCCCUGACCCGCCGCGUCAUCGCCUGCCUCGACGUGCGCACCAACGACCAGGGCGACCUGGUCGUCACCAAGGGCGACCAGUACGACGUGCGCGAGAAGGACGCCGCGGGCAAGAACGACGUGCGCAACCUCGGCAAGCCCGUCGAGAUGGCCCGGCGGUACUACGAGGAGGGCGCCGACGAGGUGACGUUCCUCAACAUCACGUCCUUCCGCGACUGCCCCGUGGCCGACCUGCCCAUGCUGGAGGUUCUCCGCCAGGCCUCGCGCACCGUCUUCGUGCCGCUCACCAUCGGCGGCGGCAUCCGCGACACGGUCGACACGGACGGCACCAAGGUGAGCGCCCUGGAGAUCGCCACCAUGUACUUCCAGUCGGGCGCGGAUAAGGUGUCGAUCGGGUCCGACGCCGUCCUCGCCGCCGAAGAGUACUACUCCCUGGGUCGUAAGCUGUUCGGCAACACCGCCAUCGAGCAGAUCUCGCGCGCCUACGGUGCCCAGGCCGUCGUCGUCAGCGUCGACCCCAAGCGCGUCUACGUCCCCAACGGGACCGACGCCACCCGCCACGCCACCAUCCGCACCGCCAUCCCGGGCCCCAAGGGCGAGGCCUACUGCUGGUACGCCUGCACCAUCAAGGGCGGCCGCGAGACCCGCGACAUGGACGUCGUCGAGCUCUCCCAGGCCGUCGAAGCCAUGGGCGCCGGCGAGAUCCUGCUCAACUGCAUCGACCGCGACGGCUCAAACUCCGGUUUCGACCUCGAGCUCAUCCGCCAAGUCAAGGGGGCCGUCAAGAUCCCCGUCAUCGCCUCCAGCGGCGCCGGCAACCCGGGCCACUUCUACGAGGUCUUUUCCCAGACCACCACUGACGCUGCCCUCGGUGCCGGCAUGUUCCACCGUGGAGAGUACACGGUCAAGCAGGUCAAGGAUCACCUCCAGGAGAAGAGCCUGGUCGUACGACAGUUUGAGGGCGAUCUGUGA